GCCGCCCAUUUUUAUUGUUUACGCGACGCGACUUUCGUUGCUCUUUUCCACUGCAUAAACAAAACAUUCCGCCAUCUCAUCUUUUGUUGUCCUCCGUAUUCUUCUUGCUGCCCACGAUGCCUUCCCUGGCAGAGUCGCUCGAUGCCCUCGCGCAUCACUCCGAACAGAUCGCCUACCUAUCAACCCUCAACACUGCUCCCCCAGGCCCGUUCACCACCGCCUAUCUCCACCUGCCCCCUCCCCACCUCUCCCAUCUCGGAAAAGGAAACGUCCUCGAACUCAUCCGCGAUGCAUCGGAUGCAGAGCGGAGGCUCUUCAAGUUUGUAGGGGAGAGCAAUUUGCCUGGUGUCAUUGGCGGAGGAGGAAAUAAACGGGUCGAAAAGAGGGAAGGUGGGGUAGUGACGCCGUUGAAAGAGUUGAAGCGUGGUGGUGGUGGAGGUGGUGGUGGCGGAGGAGGAACUGAGAAAGACGAGGUGGAAGUCAUGCUGAGGACGGCAUUGAAACUUGUUGAUGACUAUCGCCCCAUGCCGAGGGCGAGAGCGCAUGUCAUCAAUCUCUUGGAUCAACACCAUCGGAACUUGGAUCGGCUGGCAGAGCUUGAGAUGCUUAUUGCUGAAGCGAACAGACCGGUCGAUAUUCCUGCUUCUCCGUCCCAUCAACCUGAAGAAGCAGAAGAACCUCGACAGGAACCUGUAAAACUCACGCCCGAAGAAGCUAUCAAGGCAGAAGAAGCGGCUCUUCGAGCGUUGGAAGCUAAAAUAAUACCUUUGCGUCGUGGUUCUCAACCGUCGCAAGACGAGCAACCAUUGAAGCCACAAGAUAUGGUCCCGCCAGUGGGCAAAAACAUUCCUCAAUCACCUCCAUCAUCCCAACUUCAAUCUCAGUUCGAAUCUCAGCCCACACCGUCUCAAGCGCAAUCUGCUCCUGCUCAACCUCGUACUCCUGGCCGCUCCAUGCCGCAUGUCACCAACUCACUCGUCAAUGCCACGCCACGUCAUGCUAUUGAAAGAUUGGAAAGGGCAGAGAGGAUCGACAGAUUUAGCCCGUUGAAGCUGAUCACGCCGCGGGCGCCGGGGACUCUGAGAGGAGAGGGCAUCUUUGGUAGACGGAUAGGGUCUUCGUCUGCGUCAAGCUCGAAACUUGGGGCAGGGUUGGGCACCUCGAUGCUGGGCAAGAGAUCAGAUGAAGGAGCGGCGGGGACCUCGCAUACGCCUGCACCGGUUGCCGCUGAUGCUCCACCAGCGCCAUUGGAAGUUGCGCCCGAUCAAAAUCCCGCUGGUGAAGACCCCGAUGAGACGGUGAGGCUGACUCAAGCGCCAUCGCCCUCAAGCCCCAUCAAAACAGCUGCAGCAGAAUUUCAGCCGUCCUCGCCACCCAAAAAGGUUCAUUUGCCCGUUGAAGAACUUGUUCAACCGGUUCUCGAUACAGAUGUACUGGCUCAAACACCGCAAAUUUACGCAGACAACAAGCUGGACGGGGUUGAUACAGAUGCCGAAGCUGUCAAAGCUGGCGUGGAAAAGAUCUGGAGUAAUGUAGGAGACCUUAUGAGACAGGGACUUGAAAACGGUCAGACUGUGGAGAAGGACACGGCAUCUUCAGUGAGGCAUCUCAUACAUCUUUCCAACUCCAAUCUCCCUCCACCGCCAUCUCCAAGCACAUCCUCUUCCCUCUCUUCACUCUCCCACGGCGGUCUACCUCCACCAAAGCCUAUAACCUCUGAAACAAUCCUAUUUGCCCACUUGUUCCUCUCCAUCCUUCGCGCCUCGUCCAGUUCGGAAGGGUCACCUGGGGAAGUGGACAUGAAUGAGGUGAAGGAGUUCCUUGGGAAUGUUGCAAAGGAAAGAGGAUGGGACGGAGCCGGAGGUCUGGGAACAAAGGUUAUCUAUGCGGCAGUGGGUAAGAGAGUGGUCAAGAUUGAGAGGAAGGGAGGAGGAGCUGGUAGGGUUAGGUUUGCAGAUUGAUUUGUAGUUAUGUAUCCUCC